UUCAAACCCCCAUUCCCCCAGUGAGUCCACUCCACACCACUCAUUUCAAUAUAAAAUAGAAAUCCAAAAACAGAAACCCUUGCAAAGUGUAUAUAUAUAUGUAUAAGUGCACUUACCGAACACACUCUUUUUUUCUGCAUUUAAUUCCAAUAAUUGAUGGACAAAAUAUCAAUGUUUCCUUCCAACAUCUUCAUCGUUUUCCUCUGUUUUCUUCUCACCUCAGGACUAGGCAUUAUCCAUGGGUCAACCCUUGUGCCGAAAAAGCUGUUUGUGUUCGGGGACUCUUAUGCCGACACGGGUAACAUUAGAAAAUCCUUGGGAAGCUCUUGGAAGGAGCCGUACGGCUUCACCUUUCCCGGAAAGCCAGCUGGCCGGUUUUCCGAUGGACGUGUCCUCACCGAUUACCUCGCCAAGUUCUUGGGACUCAAGACCCCAUUAGCCUACGAAUGGAUGAAAUUAGGAGGGAAAAAAAUUGACAAUGGGUUGAACUUUGCGUAUGGAGGGACUGGCGUUUUCGACACUUUAGGCGGUUUGCUGCCGAACAUGAGCACUCAAAUCGACUUCUUAGAGAACCUCAUGAACCAAUCUCUCUACACAAAAUCGGAUUUGCAAUCGUCUGUUGUUCUUGUUUGUCUUGCCGGUAACGAUUAUGCCGCCUAUGGUUUGCAAAAUUACAUCCCACUUGUGAUCAAUCAACUAGCACUAAACCUAAAGCGGAUUAAUGGGCUUGGGGCGAGUAAAAUUGUGGUUACAGCUUUGCAGCCAUUGGGCUGCCUCCCACGCAUGACCCGGAUGUCGUCCUUUCAGCAAUGCAACGCCACCCAGAACCUGUUAGUGGGCUACCACAACUCUCUUUUGCAGCAGGCCGUGGCCCAAUUAAAUAACGAGACCAAAAGCCCAACCUUUUUUAUCCUCGAUCUCUACAGCACCUUCACAAGUGUGCUCCAGCAAAAAGGAGAAUUUCAAGGUGACUUAAAAUUUGAGACACCAUUGAAGCCCUGUUGCAUGGGAAUCAACAAUACUUACUCAUGCGGCAGUGUGGACGAGAAAGGUAACAAAAUGUACACAAUUUGCAGCAACCCAAAAUCGUCAUUUUUCUGGGACUUGUCUCAUCCCACCCAGGCUGGAUGGGGUGCCGUCUACGCAUCAUUAAAGUAGGGCCUCGACCAAUUCAUGUAAAUUGUAUUCAUUAAUUAAACCUUUCAAUUAGUUGUGUUGUUUUUGUUAUUGACGUCGCUGUUUUCAUGUUUGCCCUUUUGGGUUCAGUAGUGUAUUCUUUUUCGAGUGUUGGAUUGUAAUUUGAUGGGUUAAACUUUCUUUUUUUUUAUUGUUUAUCUCACUUUAGCUAUUAAGUUUAUGGUGUUAACAGAUUCACUUGGAUGGCUGGAUCCUAAUUAUUCCGGCCACUAGCGUUUAGUUCAAUCUCAUCAUUCUAAUUAAUCAUUAAGGCUUUGUUUGGUUGGACUGAUAGGAUUAGACUAAAUUAAGAUGAGGUGGUUAGAUUAUACUGUAUUGAUAAAAUUAAUAUCAUAUUUGUAAGUACAUUUGAUGUACGGGAUAUAACUUACUAAUAUAAAUGCGUUUAGACUAUUUUGCCCUUAUCUCCUUCCUUUUCUCUUUCACUAUUAUUUUUUGUCUUAUUUUUAUUCACCUGUCCUUAACACUGCAAGUUUGCAACACUCAUUUCUCCUCCUCCGAUCAGAUAAGACUAGCAGUUGAGCAAGCAACAGAACAUAGUCAUAUACAUAAUAAUUGGUGGAGGACGAAUACGAUCAGGAAUCCGAUGAAGAUGAUUUUGUAGACCGCCAUCAACAGUAAGACUCUGCUGCCGCUGCCUCCGCCUCCGUCGUCUGGUCCAAAUUCUUGACCUUCUAGUUCUGCUACCUCAUCUACCUCUUCGGCUUCAUUCCUUUCCACGACCGUCGUCUUCUACACCGUUGCCUCACUCUACACCGCCAAGCUCGUCUCCUUUUUGUCCACCAUAGUCGCAAUUCCCAGUGUAGUCUGUCGCUUGUUCAUCUCACUCCAGCUCGCGAGUGUCGUCAAGACGAUCGCAACACUCACCCGAGAGUCCUCGUUCGCGUGCCCGUGAGUUCUCCCAGCAGCGCACGUAGCACUCGCCCGAGAGUCCUCUCUUGCGUGCCCGCGAGUUCCCCCAGCAGCCGCACACAACACACUCCCGCGAUUUCUCCAUCGCGUGCCCGCGAGUCCUGUACGCCCGGUCGCGAGUCAGCGUCCAUGAAUCCUAGGCACUCGCCCGCGAGACCCCUUUCUUAAGGUCGCGAGUCCCAGAUCGAGAGAACUCCAGCACUCGCGAGUUCCCAUGUCAAACUCUCCCAAGACACUCGCCCGCGAACUUCAGUUGGCUAGGUCGCAAGUGUGUUUCAUUAGAUGUGUGUGUUUUAGUGUGUUUUUGUGGUGUUGCUAUAAAUAGAUUUAGUGCUUUGUAUUUUGGGAUCAAUUCCUCAUUUGCAAGAUUUUUUUCUUAGUUUCUCUCUCUCUCUCU